AAAAGAAGAAUUGCAUAUGCAGUGUAGAAUGCAACAAAGAAUUCCGGCCAAAUCAAAGCAAAUCAACGGCAAGAACAAUGCGAGGAGGAGAGGGACUUGCCGUCCUCCUUCCUUCACAAAACUCCAAGCCCCAUUUCAUUGAGUUUAACCAUCAAACACUUUGUCUGCAUCCCACAAGUUAUUUCUCUCACCUUUUAAUACCGAACUACAACCCAUCUUUGCCUGAGCCACAACAUCAUCAGGCCAAAUCUAGCCUACUUUUGCUUCCUCUUCUUCAUCACAAUGGCUUCAAAGGUCAACAGGACCAAGUCCAAUAGAAAUCUUGAGACUUUACUUGACAUAGACAAAUCAUUGGCUGCAAAGAAAAAUGAUGUCCCACUUGAGCCUAGGAAGAUCAUUCCUGGGCAUGGCCUUGAGUUCAGAAAUGUGUCAUAUAGUGUUAAGAAGAAGCUGAAGAAAGAUGGUGUUUGGAUCACCAAAGAAGCUUAUCUUCUCAAUGACAUAUCUGGCCAAGCUAUAAGGGGUGAAAUUAUGGCCAUCAUGGGACCUAGUGGUGCUGGAAAAUCCACUUUUCUUGAUGCCUUGGCCGGUCGGAUUGCGCAAGGUAGUCUUGAAGGAUCUGUCCGGAUUGAUGGGAAACCGGUAACUACAAGCUACAUGAAGAUGAUUUCAUCUUAUGUGAUGCAAGAUGAUCAGCUCUUCCCUAUGUUGACUGUUUUUGAGACCUUCAUGUUUGCUGCUGAAGUUAGGCUUCCUUCUUCAAUUUCCAGGAGUGAGAAGAAACAAAGAGUGUAUGAACUCCUUGACCAACUUGGUUUAACGAGUGCAACACAUACAUAUAUUGGUGAUGAAGGAAGAAGAGGAGUUUCAGGUGGAGAAAGGAGAAGGGUGUCAAUAGGAAUUGAUAUAAUUCACAAGCCAUCGCUGCUGUUUCUUGAUGAGCCCACCUCAGGUCUUGAUUCUACAAGUGCUUUUAGUGUAGUGGAAAAGGUGAAGGACAUUGCUAAAGGCGGUAGCAUUGUCUUGAUGACCAUCCAUCAGCCUUCUUACAGGAUUCAAAUGCUCUUGGAUCGUAUCACAGUUCUUGCAAGGGGAAAUCUGAUAUAUAUGGGGAGUCCAGGUGCUCUUCCUGCUCAUCUCUCAGGAUUUGGGAGGCCAGUUCCUGAUGGAGAAACCAGCAUGGAGUAUCUUCUUGAUGUGAUCAAAGAGUAUGAAGAGUCCACUGUUGGACUUGAUCCUCUUGUCCUUUAUCAGAGAGAUGGAAUCAAACCUGAUCCAAUAGCCAGGACUCCUAUACCCAAGACGCCAAAGACUCCAAAAACACCGAGAACUCCAUAUUCAAAUACCCCUGGAUCCAAACGUGCCAUUAGCCUUCGGAGCCAAGCAUUUUCCAUUAAUGGAAUCAUGACCUCCAGGACAGAAUCUGGACAAUUUGAUUUCAAUGAUGAAGAUGAUAACUUUGAUAAUUCACUUGAACGUAGAACUAUGCCUACUCCAAUGCAUAUGAACAGUGGCGUUUAUCAACCACGUUUGGCUUCACAGUUCUACAAAGAUUUUUCAGUCUGGAUUUACCAUGGUGUCACCGGAACUCCUCGCCGGGCACCCUCCUGGACUCCUGCAAGAACUCCAGGAAUGACUCCUGGAAAAUCUCAGAUUUCUGGAGCAAGAAGUCAAAUUUCAAGCCGGUAUGCAACUCCACAACAGAUCCCUUCUCGCCCAAAAGCUCCAGUGACCCUUAGCUCCUCAGUGGAGGAUUCAUAUGCUACUUCUUAUGAUGAUUUUGGCACGUAUGAAGAUGAAGAUUUGCUUGAUGGACCAUUACACGGUCCUAAAUUUGCUAACCCAUGGCUGCGAGAAGUUGCAGUCCUCUCAUGGCGGACAGCACUCAAUGUUAUUCGAACUCCUGAGCUUUUCCUGUCAAGAGAGAUUGUUUUAACUGUUAUGGCACUAAUUCUCUCUUCACUUUUCAAGGACCUGGGUGAUUCAACAUUCAAAACCAUCAACAGGCUUCUGAAUUUCUAUAUCUUUGCUGUUUGUCUGGUUUUUUUCUCCUCAAAUGAUGCAGUUCCAACAUUCAUCCAAGAAAGAUUCAUCUUCAUCAGGGAAACUUCUCACAAUGCAUACCGAGCUUCCUCUUAUGUCAUCUCAUCUCUAAUAGUUUAUCUGCCAUUUUUUGCCAUCCAAGGUUUCACAUUUGCUGCCAUAACCAGAUUCAUGCUGCAUUUGAAAAGCAGUAUCAUCAACUUUUGGAUCAUUCUCUAUGCUUCAUUAAUUACUACAAAUGCUUACGUUAUGCUUGUUAGUGCUCUUGUUCCAAGUUACAUCACAGGCUAUGCAGUUGUGAUAGCCACCACAGCUCUCUUCUUCUUGACAUGUGGAUUCUUCCUGAAAAGAACUCAGAUACCAAUCUACUGGAGAUGGCUGCAUUACAUAUCAGCAAUCAAAUACCCAUUUGAAGCAAUGUUGUCAAAUGAAUUCAAAGGAACAAGAUGCUAUAAUGGAGCUCCUGCAGAUCUUUCACCUGGUCCUCUAGGAGACAUCAAACACAGCAAACUGCAUAGUAAUUACACAGACGUAGCAAGCUGUCCGUUGAUCGGAGAAGAUAUCUUGUCGUCGAUGGAUAUUAAUAUGGAUAAUCUUUGGUAUGAUGUUGCUAUCUUGUUAGCUUGGGGAAUUCUUUACAGGCUUUUCUUCUAUGUGGUUAUCAGAUUUUAUUCCAAGAAUGAGAGGAAGUGAACUUCCUUUUCGCUUUUGCUUCUGUUUCAAAUCUAAGUUUGUCUGCUAACUGAAGACAAAAUCCAUAUAUAUAUUAGUUGCAUGUAAUGAAUGCUGGAAA